UGAAGCCAAGGCAAAUUGGGUGAGUGAAGAGUGAGCUUCACAAUUCACAAUCUUGCCACUCAGACAGCGACACAAGAACAGAGGAAAGAGAGUAUUUUUGGCACUUUUCUUUUUUCUCCCCUUUGAUUGAAACUUAGGUCACACUGUCACAGCCACAACACAAAGAAAGAGAGAGAGAGAAAAUAGAAAUGGAAGAAGAGGGAAUAGGGUUAGUGUUGGCCAGAGCUACAGAACUCAGAUUGAAGAUUAGCAAUUGCAUCCACACCGCCACCGCCACCGCCACCGCCACCUUCACCACAUCUAACCACGCGCCUCCCACUCUCAAUGGCCCGUCACCUUCCGCCGCCGACGACGAUGAUGACGAAGCUACUGAUAGGCUUCUCAAAAUUUGCGAUGCUCUCGAAACCUUGGAGACCCAGCUUGCUUCCUUGCAGGUUCUACAACAACAGCAGCGAUAUGAAAGAGAAACUGCCUUGGCUGACAUUGAGAGCAGUCGUAAGGUGUUAAUCGAUAAGCUGAAGGAGUACAAGGGUAAGGAAUUGGAUGUGAUACAUGAAGCUUCCAUUUUUGCUAGCGAAACUGUCGAAACCAAUAAUGAUCUGCUACUCCCUCCGUAUCCAAGCCGCCCCCCAUAUUCCAUGUCUCUGGACAAGGAGUAUCUGUCGCAAAUCCCUUCUGUGAAUAAGUCCGGUCGCAAUGGGUUAAUCACACUCGAUCCAAUGAUUGAGGCAAAAAACAGCCUAGGUGAUAAGGAGCAAAAUCAUGCUGCAAAUGAAGAUAAAAGUUUAAGAAAAGGGUUGGGAUAUUUCAUAACUUCUGCAGCCAAAACAAUGCUUACAGUUGCUGGAGUGGUAUCAAUAUUAAGUGUGUCUGGCUUUGGGCCUAAUCUGGGGAAGUUAGGCGUCCGAUUCAAUGUACAAGACCGGCGUCAAAGAACAGAAGAUGAGAAUGAAAGAUCUGCUGCCCAGAAUGUGAAGCAUAGAUCAAUUACUCAGUGUCCGCCUGGUAGAAUUUUGGUGACGGAAAAUGGGGAAGCUCGAUGUCUUGUGAAAGAGAGAGUGGAAAUUCCAUUUUCGGCUGUUGCUUCAACACCUGAUAUAAACUAUGGAUGUGGUUAACCACAUCACUCCCCCCCCCCCCCCCCCCCCCAACCCA